UCCAUCAUCCAGCCGUCUCUCUUUUCUCCCUUUUUUUUGUUUUGUAUAUAUAUCCAUCCAUUAUAAAAAAAAAAGUAGAUAGAUAUGGCUGAUCUCGAAGAACUCAACAAACCUUUUGAUCCUUUUGCUGAUGCUGAAGAAGAGAAGGGCGUCAGUCACACCAAUUAUCUUCAUCUUCGCAUUCAACAACGUAACGGCCGUAAGACAUUAACCACUCUCCAAGGUUUGCCCAAGGAGAUUGAUAGUAAGCGUUUAUUAAAAGCCGUUAAAAAAGCUUUUGCUUGUAAUGGUACUGUUGUUGAAGAUGAAGAACAUGGUGAAAUUAUUCAAAUGCAAGGUGAUCAACGUAUGAAGAUGGCUGAAUUUUUGGUUAAUGAAGGCAUUGCAAAGAAGAGUGACAUUAAAGUUCACGGUUUCUAAGUUUCAGUUUAUAUAUAAACAUAUAUUCUUUUUAUUUUUAUUUUUACUACAACAACAGUAACAGCAACAACAGCAGUUAAUAAUAACUCAAUAAUAACAAUAAAAAAAAAAUUGUGAAUUCCCUCCGUUUAUUACAAUCAUCUUUCAUUUAUGUAUUAAUUCAAUAAACUUUAUAGAUAAUUGUUUCAAAAUA